GGUCCAGUUUGAUAACAAAACCAACGUAGUCAAUCCUAAAUUGCAACCCUAAAUUGGCAAUCCUUGUGUAAAUUUUCUUAGACCCCACCGACUCGUUUCCUGCUGUGAAUGGACUCGUUUGAAAAGGUCUCGAAAAUAAGCAGAGGAGCAGCGAAGGGGUUUUCUUUGGUUAGGGAAUGAAUGAUGAUCAGCGAUUGACGUAUUACUCCGCCCACCCGCCGGAAAGUUCCAGUAUCCAGCUAGCGCGGACUCAGCGCCAACCCGCGGAUUUGCUUUUUCUUCUCUCGCUUUCCAGCAUUGUUUUAUUCCGCAACCGUUUCGAUCUCUCUACGCCGAUUCACUGUUCCUCCCAGAUCAACUCUCGUCAUACCGUGGGUUAUGGAACGUAGGCUUGCUUCCCCGUCCGAAUCCGGCAGUUCCGGCUGCGAAAUCUCUUUUAAGGCGAAGCAUUGAAGGUUAAUUUUGUUUGAUUGUCCUUGAAAAUCUCAAGUAUUUCGGAGUGGCUUAGGAUAGCUCUGCAUUUUAAUGGCCAAUCGACAGCAAUCUUCUUCGGGCUAUUCCUCUUCUGCUACACCUUCUAAUUUAGACCCAAAAUUGGGAGCUCCUUCUUUCCCUUCACCCUCGUCAUCUUCGCCAUCAAGACCAAGAUUUCCUCCUCCACCAGUAAUACAAUCAAAUCAGAUACCCUCACCCUCAAUAAAAACUCCUAAUUUACCAUCACCAGCGAAUGGGAUCCGAGCUGGAAGCCCUGUUCCUCAUAUGAGCACUCCCCCUGGCCCUCCUGUGUUUUCAUCACCGCUCCAACCAGCUGCUGUCCCAUUUAGAACUUCUCCUGCAACUCCUCAGCCCGUUGCUUAUUCCUCCGGUUCCUCGUUACCCACAUCGUCACCGCCUCCCCGUUUUUCGAAUGGAUCGGUUGAAUUGCACAAUCAAACUUCUGAUGUUACCGUGGAGCAUGAUGUGGAGUCUCCAAAUAUUCUAUUCUCAGCUCACAAGGUGUUGAAACAAAAGAAGCUAGCUAGUACACCAAGUUUAGGGUUUGGGGUAUUAGUUUCUCCUGGCCAGGAUGUUUCACCAGGUCCCCAGAUUAUUCAACGUGAUCCACAUCGCUGCCAAAAUUGUGGAGCUUAUGCCAAUCUGUACUGCAAGAUUUUACUUGGUUCUGGUCAGUGGCAAUGUGUAAUAUGCAGAAAUUUGAAUGGAAGUGAAGGAGAAUACAUAGCCCCAAGCAAAGAAGAGCUCCGGAAUCUGCCUGAACUAUCAUCGCCGCUGGUCGAUUAUGUCCAGACUGGCAACAAAAGACCUGGUUUUCUUCCUGUGUCUGAAUCUAGAAUAUCAGCACUAGUUGUUCUGGUAAUAGAUGAGUGCUUAGACGAACAACACUUACAGCAUUUACAGAGUUCCUUGCAUGCUUUUGUAGAUUCCUUGCCCCCAACAACUAGACUUGGAAUUGUGCUUUACGGCCGCACAGUUUCGGUUUAUGAUUUCUCUGAAGAAUCAACAGCAUCUGCUGAUGUACUCUCCGGUGACAAAUCACCAAGUGAAGAUGCCUUAAGAGCAUUGAUCUAUGGAACUGGGAUAUAUUUGUCACCAAUUCAUGCAUCUCUUCCAAUAGCACAUGCAAUCUUGUCAUCUUUGAGGGCAUAUAAACUCAAUUUGCCUGAAGUUUCCAGAGACCGUUGCUUAGGUACUGCAGUGGAAGUUGCCCUGGCAAUAAUUCAGGGGCCAUCAGCUGAAAUGUCAAGAGGGGUUGUUAAAAGAGCUGGUGGAAAUAGCAGGAUAAUCGUGUGUGCUGGUGGACCAUGCACAUUUGGCCCUGGUUCAGUUCCUCAUUCUCUUGCUCAUCCUAACUAUCCACAUCUGGAGAAGGCAGCAUUAAAAUGGAUGGAGAAUCUAGGUCGUGAAGCUCAUCGUCGAAAUACAGUGGUUGAUAUACUUUGUGCAGGGACAUGCCCUGCACGUGUUCCUGUGUUGCAGCCCCUAGCAAAAUCUUCUGGAGGUGUUCUAAUUCUCCAUGAUGACUUCGGCGAAGCAUUCGGUGUGAAUUUGCAGAGAGCAUCCACAAGGGCUGCAGGUUCCCAUGGUUUAUUGGAAAUCCGAUGUUCAGAUAAUAUUCUUGUUAGUCAAGUGAUAGGACCUGGCGAGGCGGCCCAUACUGAUAGCCAUGAAUCUUUUAAGAGCAAUAGUGCUCUUGCUAUACAGAUGCUGAGUGUUGAAGAAACACAAAGUUUUGCACUAUUCAUGGAGCCUCGUGGAGAUAUCAAGAGUGAUUUUGUGUACUUCCAAUUUGCUAUUCAGUAUUCAAAUACUUAUCAAGCUGAUAUUGCAAGAGUGAUUACUGUUAGGCUGCCUACUGUGGAUAGUAUUUCAACUUAUCUGGACAGUGUUCAGGAUGAGGUGGCUGCUGUUCUUAUUGGCAAAAGGACUCUUUUGCGAGCCAAGAAUUUCAGUGAUGCUAUUGAUAUGCAAGUAACCCUUGACGAGAGAAUUAAAGAUGUUGCCCGUAAGUUUGGUUCCCAGGUUCCAAAGUCAAAGUUUUAUCGGUACCCCAAAGAGCUCACGUUAUUGCCUGAACUCUUAUUCCAUCUUAGAAGAGGCCCACUCCUGGGAAAUAUACUUGGUCAUGAAGAUGAGAGGUCUGUUUUGCGGUCUUUAUUCCUCAAUGCAUCCUUUGAUCUAUCCCUUCGUAUGCUGGCACCUCGCUGUCUCAUGCAUCGAGAAGGUGGGACUUUUGAGGAACUACCAGCUUAUGACCUUGCUAUGCAGCCUGAUGCUGCAGUUGUUCUUGAUCAUGGGACUGAUGUCUUCAUUUGGCUGGGUGCUGAACUUGCUGCACAGGAAGGAAAAAGUGCAGCUGCUUUAGCAGCUUGUAGGACAUUGGCUGAAGAGCUCACUGAGUUGCGUUUUCCAGCUCCUAGGAUUCUUGCAUUUAAGGAGGGGAGCUCCCAGGCUCGAUAUUUUGUGUCUCGCUUGAUACCUGCACAUAAAGAUCCGCCUUAUGAACAGGAGGCAAGAUUUCCUCAGCUUCGAACUUUGACUGCAGAUCAGCGAAUAAAGCUGAAAAGUAGUUUUAUUCACUUCGAUGAACCUAGCUUCUGUGAGUGGAUGCGGAGUCUGAAAGUAUUACCACCAGAGCCAAGCUGAGAGAGUUGUUACAUCGUUUUAUGGGUAGGUGUCCCCUAUGCUUGAGGCUUAUGAGUUGCAUAACCAUGCUUGUUGGAUCUGCACGUCCGUUGUUAUGCCAGUAAAUUCAUGUGACUCUGUUUCCCUGCUCUCAGUGCGUGCUUGCUUGCUAAGGGGAUGCCAUUCUCUCAUCUCAUAUACUUAUUCUGCCAAUUUGUUCUGUUGUACUUAGAACUUCAUACCUGAUGCUUCUCAUUCAUGUUUUCAUGCCAUUAUACGGAAUGCUGAAAGGACGAGCUCAGUAAUAAAAGAGUUACAUUCAUGCUAUUUCUAUGCGGUUUUAAGUAGUCCAGGUGGUUAUAAAUGUGAAUAUGACCUCUGACCGACUUGGAUGAGAACUAGUCUGGGAAGACUUGGAACUACAACUUUAGGGGGCAAUCGCCAGCUUAGUUUUCCGUAGAUUACUCAAGAAGCUGCCAACAAUAGACCUUAACUUUUACAUUUUCGUUAGUAAAAUUCUUUACUUGAUACCUAAACGUUUUUGUACUCAUAUUUUUCUAAAGGGAUAAUUGCUUCGUGCUC